AUGGCUACCCCUAGUGUCCUCACUUUUGACGCUGAGGGUCGGGCCAUUGACUUUGACGUCUGGGUAGAUGAUCUGCAGCUUUACCUACAGUGCAAUAGGGUAGACGGUCUCUCCCUCUUUGACCUCACUUCUGGUGCCUCUCCUGCCCCUGCUGCUGAUGCUGACGCCACUGUUCGCUCACAGUGGGCCACACGCGAUGCUGCUGCACGUCUUGCUGUGCUUGCACGCUACUCUUCCCCUGCCACUACUACACUUAGCCGCCUCAUCCUGCCGUACCUCUUCCCUGACAUCGCCACUUUUCCCACAGUCGCUGACCUCAUUACGCACCUUCGCACUAGUGACAUUCGUUACCGCGCUGCCCUUUCCGCUGAGUUCUGCACCAAGAACCCCCCCCCUAUGUACAUCACCCUCUACUACAUAGUCACCCGGCUCCCUGACACCCUUCGCCCGGUCAGGGACCACUUUCUCUCUGUUUGCCCCACCAGUCUCACCGUUGACCUCCUCGAGGAGCGCCUCCUAGCAGCAGAGAAGAGCAUAGUCGCUGUAGGAGCCUCUCGUGGUGACCCUCGUGCCCUUGUCUUUGAGGGGUGCUCCCCCUCUCCUCUGUUGCCCUCUGUCGCCUCUGCUGCUGCGGCCGACCUCGUUGGUCUUGAGUCGGUCGGUGCGGCGUCUGCCCCUAGCGGGAGACGCCGCACUGGCAAGGGCAAGGGGGGCAGGGGCGCUGGAGAAGCUAGCAGGGGCGGUGGAGGCGGCGGUGGAGACGGCGGAGGGGGUGGGGGUGGCGGUGGGGGUGGUGGCGGGGGAGGGGGCGUCGGUGGCAGCAGUGGAGGCGGAGGCGGCGGUGGCGGUGGGAGCGGAGGUGGCGGAGGUGGCGGCGGUGGGGGAGGCGGCGGUGGAGGAGGUGGAGCUGGUCGGGGUGGCGCUGCGCAGAGGGUCGGCUUCGGUGGUGGUCCGCGCCAGCAGCAGCAGCGCGCUCGUGAGAUCCCCCCCCCUCAGCAGCUUCGUGAGUGGUACGCUGUGUCAGAGUAUUAUAGCUGA